AUGGGUCUCGCGGAGAGUGUGCUGUCACGGGUGACAGUCACCAAUGUGUUUCUCGGUCUUGUUGCCUACAUCAUCUUCAAAAUUGUUUAUCAGAUCGUCUACUACCGGUUCUUCCACCCGUUGUCGGUUUUCCCCGGUCCUUUUUGGGCGUCUGUGACGCGACUAUGGAUUGCGAAGCAGAACCUGGCUGAGACCGAAUACUUGACUGUUUAUGAUCUGUCCAAGAAAUAUGGUAGGGAAUCUCGUCCCGUCGUUCGCAUUACUCCUACCCUGCUACUAGUCAACGACCACUCCAAGCUCCCCGAAGUCUACCACCGCAAUGUCGACAAGACCGGUCACUAUAUUACUGGCAGUUUCGGCGAAACGGGAAAGUCUGUUCAACAUGAGAUCCCACAAGACGCACGCCGUGUUCCGCAAGCACAUUGCGGGGCCUGUAACUUCACCAACAUCAAGGGCAUGGAACCCUUGAUUGAUGCGCGGAUCAAAGAAUGGAGCAACAAGAUCGACGAUACUUUCGUCAAGUCUGGCGAAGCUUUCGACUUUUCCUGGUGGGCGGUCUACAUGGCCUACGACAUCAUCAGUGAAAUCGGUUUCGGCGCUCCCUUCGGCUUCAUUAAGAAGGGCGAGGAUAUCGGCGGUCUCAUUCAGGGCUUCCACGAUGGCCUCCCUGCUUUCGGCCUACUUGCGCGUUUACACCCCUUCACCUCCUGGAUGAAGACUACCUUCAUGAAGAAGUACCUUGUGGCCACCCCAGAAGACAACUCGGGCAUCGGUAUUCUUAUGCGAUUCCGUGACCGUCUCAUCAAGGAACGCGUCGAAGAUGUCAACAGCGGCAAACCAUUGAACCGUGUCGACCUUCUCCAAAGGCUCAUCGAGGCUCGUACUGAGGACGGCAAGCCCCUCGACCUGGAAUAUAUCCGCGCAGAAGUCCUCCUGGUCCUCCUCGCCGGAGCCGAUACCACCGGAACCGCUUUUCAAGCCUUAAUCCAGUUCCUCUUGUCCCACCUCGAAUCCUACGACCGGAUGAUGGAGGAGAUUGACAAUGCCUCGCGCAAGGGUCUUCUCUCCGAAAUCCCCCAGUACGACGAGGUUCUCGAGCACCUGCCCUUCUUUGUGGGUUGCGUCAAAGAAACGAUGCGUCUCUGUCCCUCCGCCCCCAACAUUUUCCCCCGCUAUGUUCCCGAGCCCGGCCUGGAGCUGUAUGGAAAGUUUGCGCCACCUGGUACUGAAAUCUCCUGCAACCCUUACAUUGUGCACCGUGACCCGGCUCUGUACGGCGAGGAUGCCGAGGAGUUCCGUCCUGAGCGCUGGUUGGAUGCUGAGAAGGUCAAGCUGUACAACAAGUAUAACUUUGCUUUUGGAUAUGGCUCGCGUGUGUGUCUGGGCCGUGAUAUUGCUAUGAUGGAGCUGUUUAAGGGUCCCCUCCAAUUCUUCCGUCAAUACAAGCCCGAACCUGUGAGAGGAAAGCCUGAGGCCAAGUUUGUGGUCAAGGGUGGUGUUGGCUACUGGCGGGAUGUGUGGCUGACCAUCUCGAAGCGGCCCCAAGUGAAGGCCGAAUAA